AAGCGUGCGGCGCUUCCGGCUGGCGCGGAGGGGAGGGCCCGGAGCCUCGUGUGAGGGAGCGCCGAGGCCGUGGGUGCCCGCGCCGCCGCCCGCCGGCCCCACGCCCGGCUCCAGGCACUCGCCCGCCCGGCGCCCACCGCCCCCAGGAUGUUCAAGAAAUUUGAUGAAAAGGAGAAUGUAUCAAACUGCAUCCAGCUGAAGACUUCAGUUAUUAAAGGUAUUAAGAAUCAACUGAUAGACCAGUUUCCUGUUAUUGAACCAUGGCUAAACCAAAUUAUGCCAAAGAAAGACCCAGUCAAAAUAGUAAGAUGUCAUGAACAUAUAGAAAUCCUCACUGUGAAUGGGGAGUUGCUGUUCUUCAGACAAAGAGAAGGGAUUUUUUACCCAACACUACGGUUGCUUCACAAAUACCCAUUUAUUCUACCACAUCAGCAGGUUGAUAAAGGCGCCAUUAAAUUUGUACUAAGCGGAGCUAAUAUAAUGUGCCCUGGCCUGACGUCUCCUGGAGCAAAACUUUACCCUGCUGCCGUUGAUACUGUUGUUGCAAUAAUGGCAGAGGGAAAACAACAUGCAUUAUGUGUGGGAGUAAUGAAGAUGUCAGCUGAGGACAUUGAGAAGGUCAACAAAGGGAUUGGUAUCGAAAAUAUUCACUAUUUAAAUGAUGGCCUUUGGCAUAUGAAGACAUACAAGUGAAACAAAAGGAACUGUGUUACUCCAAAGGAAUGCACUUAGAUUAAAUGUGGACUGCUUUGUAAUUCCUUGUUUCUAAUGUGACUGAAUGUACAAAUUAUUUUGUUCUGUGGCUAUGCUAAAUAAAUCAAGUGAAUGCGAAAGUA